AUGGCGCCCGCAGGCGUCCUCGAUGCCUUGGGCCACGCCCUCGCAGGCGCCCUUGGAACUGCCUUCUCGACAGCUGCAGUGUAUCCCCUCGACCUUGUCACCACACGCCUCAAAGUCCAGCGGCAGCUGCGAAGCGAAGAUGCGAUCUCCGAAAAGGACCAGUACAAAGGCGUGGUGCAAGCCAUGAGAGCCAUCACGGCGAAAGAAGGCGGCAUAUCAGCCCUCUACACGGGUCUCGCCCAGGACGUUUUCAAGUCCAUCGCGGACUCGUUCCUCUUCUUUCUGUUUUACGAGUACUUUCGAGGCACGCGCCGGCACUCGCGUGGGAAACGACUGUCGGUCCUGGACGAGUUGGCCGUUGGCGCAUUGGCGGGCGCCUGUGCAAGAGCCUGCACGACGCCAAUUGCGAACGUGGUUGCGAGAAAACAGACAUCAGCAAUGAUCGAAAGCAACGAGGAGGGCGGCGACGCAUCGGUGUGGGAAAUUCUCUCGUUAAUUCGCGCAGAAAACGGCGUGGCUGGUCUUUGGGCCGGUUAUUCCGCAUCAUUGCUGUUGACCAUCAACCCCAGCAUCACAUUCUUCCUCAACAAAAAGCUGGGAAAGACUCUACUCCCGGACUCGGACGAAGCCUUGCACAACACGCACACUACAUUCCUCCUCGCUGCUGCGAGCAAGUCUAUUGCGACCAUCAUCAGUUACCCCAUACAGACCGCAAAGGCCAGACUGCAGAUGCGCGGUACUGCUUCGCCGCGGAGGAGCACCGAUUCCCAAGAAAGACCUCGUGCUGAGGACCUCAGCAAGGAGCCUUCUAGUCCAGGUGCGCUGGCCAAAACGAAGGAGGCGCUCGAUGAUAGCGUGCUCGCCAUUGUCUUGUCCAUUGCCAGAACUGACGGAAUAACGGCCUUGUACGCCGGGCUUCAGGGCGAGGUGCUCAAGAGCUUCUUCAGCCAUGGCCUGACAAUGGUAUCCAAAGGCGUCAUUCACACCUUCGUAAUCCGCCUUGGUCUUCUAUUGGUGUCCUUGUCACGGAGACAGUCGCGCGAUAUCAAGUUGCAGCACCUGAGACGAAUUUUCCUCAGACUUCGAUGA